GCCUGUGUAACACGCACCGAUGCACUGAGCACUGAGCACAGUUCGCCUGUGCGAGUGAUAGCAUCAUAAUAAAAAAUGGCUCACUCGUGCCCCCUUGGACACACUGCCUGGGCCGCUUGGGAGAGAACUUAUAAGUGUUUUACUCUCUGCCAUGUUUUCCUGGUUUGCUUAUUGUUUUUUGUAAUAUUUUGAACAAAAGUCUCCAUCAGAUCAUUAGGGAGGAAGACUUGUACAGUACAAGCUCACUUGGGGAUAGAAUAAGCAUUCUGCAGAGAACGAACUAGGUACCGAGUUGCUCGAGCAUCAUGGCCGAUUUCAAUAAAUUGCAACCCACGAUAUCAGCCGCCCAACACGUCUUCAACAUCGUCGAACUCGCCGAAGCCAUCUUCCUCCAACUACCCCCUCAAAACAUCCUCGUCAACAUCCAACGCGUAAAUCGCAAAUUCCACCAAGUCGUCGCAGGCUCUCGAUCUCUCCAACAAGCACUCUUCUUCCAACCCAUCACAACCGACGCCCUCCACUUCGUCAAAUCCCCCACCGACAAUCGCGGCGGAAGUUGGCGCGGUCACCACGACCAUCGUGCUCACAAAGUCUAUCAACAUCCUUUUCUGCUGCAGCUUUUCUUGCCGGAUUAUACUACCACUUGCUGUCGACCAUUCCACCAACAACAGAAAAAUUUGCCUCCUUUGAAGAAUUUAAAUCAACAACAACCUGUGCGCCAAGCUGCUAUUGACAGACCGGAAGCUUCAUGGCGAAGACAACUUUUGACGCAACCCCCUGUCUCUUCUAUUUCGUUGCGUGGCUGCGGCGGAGAAAUUGAGAUGAAGGCUGCUGAUGAUGAUGUUGGUGUUACUUUGGGUCAGGCUGCUAGUACACUAGAGGGAAGUUCAGCCGCGGAUUGGACGAUUAUGGAUUGGUCUUUGUGGAAGAAUUUUUGUCAGGUGUGGAAACAGAGCUCGACGAUGGAUGCGUUGAGAGUACUUCGGGAUUGAUCUUUUGGAAGAACUUGAAAACGGCUUUUGAUGGGGGGAGUGUGUGUGUGGGUUAUUAGCAGGGUGUUUUCCGGUUAUCGCUUUUACUAUCGAACACUUUCUUCUUUUGCGGUUGGGACUUUUCUCUGAGACAGACUGUCAAUUCUACUUUUACCUACCUUACCUAUCAUAGUAAAUCACCUCGCC